GCUAUAUUUUAUCUCAUGGUCAAUUAAAUAUAACAAUGCAUCGCGCGUAUCAACCGAUUACUCCGGCAAAUAACAAACUGCUCAAGAAAAGAUGGGACCAGAGUCGCUUCGACAGGCAUCGGCAAAAAGUUCAAAAUGCUCAAGCAGUAAUAGACAACAAACCACCACAGACAUACAUGCAUCUACACUUGAAACUGAAGAAACUACAAAUGGAAGAAGAACGAAUUGCUAUCAUCGAACGAGACAACCGAAUUUUGCUGGAAAAGAUGUGCCACAUCAUGCGGACACGCGGUCGUGUAGACAAUUACAAUGACUACGAACAAAAAAGUCUUAAUAAAACAAAACGUCAACGAGAACUACUUCGAGUCACUCACGAAAAUCAAGCUAUUCUAAAGAGAAUCUUCUCAAAAGAAGCUCACUACAGCCACCUCAAAUGGGAACACGAAUGGGAGUUAAACAAGAAGUACAUGGCAAACAUAGCGAAAUAUCCACAGACGUACACAAGUGUCUAUAUUCCAUGGACACCAAAUGAUAGCUCCGCUGACAGAAAGAACAACAGGAGUGUGUUAUCCACAAAUACACAGAGUAACGCACAGUCGUUUGUACGAAGCAGAACGAUGGUUGAGACCAACUAAAUUGUUGUCUUCAUAUACAAAUAAAUUAUGUAAUUGAAAUUCACACUGUACAUGAAAUCAUAAAUGACCAAAGAAUUAAAACUUAU